UAAAUUUCAUUCAAAAAACUGUAGAAAAAGGGGACUCUACUCGAAACUUCGUAUUCUUAAUUGUUUUUCCCUCUUUACUCGACAUCAUAGGGGGAAAGGAAAAAUAACGAUGGUUCCACCAGCGGCGGCGACGGUGUCGGAAUUGGGUCCGGGGCAACCAUUAUCGGCGUCAGUAGUGAAUUCGUUUCGAGUGGCGGCAGUGGCGGAGCGAUUGGCUACUCACACUCAGCCUGGUGGACAGCCUCAGAGCACGGAGUUCUUCAGCCUCUGCCUCUCUCUCGCCAGAGGCAUUGAUUUUGCGAUUGCAAACAAUGAGGUUCCUGCCAAAGUGCAAGAGUUACCUACAUUGUUUAAACAGAUUUGCCAACGCAGAAAUGACCUCUUCUUACAGGCAGCUAUUAUGGUGUUGAUGAUAUCAGUAAAGAAUGCCUGUAAGAUGAGCUGGUUUUCGGAUAAAGAGAGUCAAGAACUUUUUACUCUUGCCAGUGAGGUGGGCAGUUGCUUUUGCAGCUCAGGAGAUAUUAAAAAUGGACUGAAUGAUUCAAUUUCAACUGUUUUGGCAAUUAUGUCAAGGUUCUAUCCAUUGAUGAAGAUGGGGCAGAUACUCGCUUCUCUUGAAGCUAAGCCUGGAUAUGGUGCACUUGUGAUUGAUUUCCAUAUAUCGAAGAAUGCAAAACAUUCUCCUCUUGAGAAAAUUAGGUUAUUUGUAGCUCAAAAAGAUAACAUAGAGACAUCUGCUUGUAUUAUAAGUCCACAACAAGUGAACUUUCUUUUAAAUGGAAAGGGAGUGGACAGAAGAACCAAUGUUUUAAUGGACACUGGACCUCAGAUGCCAACAAAUGUGACUGCAAUGUUGAAAUAUGGGACAAAUCUUCUCCAAGCCGUGGGCCAGUUUUGGGGUCAUUACAUCAUAGUGGUUGCCUUCAUGAGUAUGGAGUCAUCACCUGACACUUCUGUGCUAUCUGAUUAUGUUCAGUCUGGUGAUGUUGCGCCAGAUUCAGAAGAUUCUGAUAUAAUUGAAGGGCCAUCAAGGAUAUCACUCAAGUGUCCCAUAAGCCGAAUACGCAUCAAAACUCCUGUCAAAGGGCAUGCAUGUAAGCACCUACAGUGCUUUGAUUUUAAUAACUAUGUUGACAUAAACUCUAGAAGACCAUCCUGGCGCUGCCCGCAUUGCAACCAGCAUGUAUGCUACACUGACAUCCGUAUUGAUCAAAAUAUGGUUAAGGUGCUGAAAGAGGUGGCAGAGGAUGUCUCUGAUGUGAUUAUCUCUUCAGAUGGAUCAUGGAAAGCUGUGUUGGAAAAUGAUGACAACGUAGAUGAGUUGCAUGAUAAGAUCCUUCUUUGCCAGAAAGAUGGGUCUGAGCAGCCAGAAUCUGCUAAGGCUGUUCCUAUGGUUUUGGACCUUACUGAGGAUGACAAUGAGGUGGAUGCAAUGGAAACUAUUGAAAUUGAAGACAUGAAGCCUUCGGUGGCUAAUCUUCUAAGUCAGUCUGCUACUCAAAAUUUAACCACAACACCAGAAUUGACUAAUACAGUUGGAGUUAAUCAAAAUGUUGCUUCUCAUAUGGAGGAUGAUUUUUGGCCUGCAUUUUACCUUAGUCAGGGGUCUGGCGCCUCCAGUGCUAGGACAGAUGCCCAAGUUGGUGGCAUAUCUGAGUCUACCCCAAAUUUUACAGUAUCACCAGUGUUUUCUGAUGCUAUCUCUCCAGCACCCAAUCGAGCUGAGGCUCGUGGUAAUGCUAAUCUUACAACCCUAGGGAUUCAAAAUCAAUUUUCUGCUGCGAGUAAUUUGCAGUUACAGCAGUCACAUUUGAUAAAUUCGACGUCAAAUCAUGAAUAUGGAAGGUUACAGCACAUACCCAGACAUAUAAACAGAACCCCAGUUGCAAUUCAGGCCCUCCCAGCUACAUCUCAGACACCAACACAACAACAGAGACCAAGAAAUAGUCUAAGUACUUUGAGCUCAAAUGGUUCCCCACUUCCUCAGGUCAACCUGUCCAUGGCACCUUCCUUGAAUGGUUUGAGUACAGUCUCCGGUGAUGUGGAUAGGCCACCGCAGUUUUCUAGAUCCCCUGCAAAUCCACAUCAGAGUUGGAAUCAGCAAGAACGAUUAUUUGUUCCUGGUCCGUCAGUUCAACAAGUUGCUGGUGUUGCAGCUUCAAGUCAACUCCCAGGUUCGUACAGAGCAUCUUCUGGGCAUCUUGGUGAACAACAGAACCUACAGCAGCAGCAACAACUGAAUAUGAGGUUGUCUCAACCCAGGGGCCCUUCUCCGGGCCUGAUUCGGUCACCGUCACCUCUACUUCGGACACCGACUCAACAAGUAGCUGCACAAGUUGGGUUGGGCCACACAGCGAGCAACGUGAAUAAUAAUCCUACCAGAUUUGGGACUCCUACCCAGAGAGCUACCCAAAUGACUAGACAGCCUCCAAUGGUGCCAGUUCAAACUCAAACAUCAAGAGCAUCAUCUUCUUAUUCUGGAAUUGUUGAUGGGAGUAGGGCUUCAGCUGGGGAGCAGAGAUUGAACAUGGUAGGAUUAGCACCUGCAGCUUUAAGAGCUGACACCUCAUCUGACUUGGCAUCAGAGCAGAAUUGGCGACCUACGGGCCGAAUGCGGGGAAGCCUCUCAGGUCGAGCGUAUUCUGCAGCUCUUAGCCAGUUAAUGAUUCAACCCACCCAGUCAGCACAAGCUGCAAGGCCACAGACAAAUUUGACCUCUCCGCCUAGUGUUUCACCUCACCUGCAGGCGCUUCUCGUGAAUAGCAGGAAUGCCUCUGUCCCGCAAAUGCAAAAUAAUGCAAUGACUGAAAUCGGUGGCGUGAAUGGUAGUUCUAAUUUUCUGCCUGAUAGGUCUAGUGGCAUGCAUUAGCGUUGACGUAGUGUUGUAAAGAGAAAUGAUGAAUAUGAUGAUGCUGUAUAUAUAAAUAUUAAUUAUGUCCAAUUUUGCGCAUCACACGGUUAUUGUACAGAAUCUUCCCCAGUUGUAAAGUGGUUUCAUUCAGUUUUUCCUGUACUUGGUUUUGCCAUGUGUGGAGUGAUAGCCUUAUCGGCUUGAUUUUA